UUUCCUUCUCCUCCUCUCAUAAGAUUUGUUUUCUCUCAGAAGAGACACACAGCCCUCUCUUCUUCUGAUUAUAGAAGCGAAUAGUCAUUCAUACCCAUACUUAAUUGUUUUGUUUGAAGGAGCUUUCAUGAUGCUAUCUAGGCACCUCCCCCGGGCCUCUAAGCUCGCUGCAGGCCUCAGGCUUGGCCAGAAGUACCGCGGACUCGCUACUGUGAGCGAUGAUCCGCUCAGCCGAAAGGUUGAAAUGACAAACUGGGAGAAGGGAAACUACAUUAAUUACAAGAAAAUGAGCGAGAACCUCGCUAUCGUCCGUAGUCGCCUUAAUCGCCCCCUCACAUAUGCCGAGAAGAUUCUCUACUCUCACUUGGAUGAUCCGCAUGGGCAGGAUAUCGAGCGUGGCAAUUCCUACCUCAAGCUUCGACCCGACCGUGUGGCCUGCCAAGAUGCGACUGCGCAGAUGGCAAUUCUCCAGUUCAUGAGUGCGGGAAUGCCUUCUGUUGCUACUCCGUCGACCGUGCACUGCGAUCAUUUGAUAGAAGCUCAGGUUGGAGGUGCUAAAGAUCUUGCCAGGGCAGAAGCCAUCAACAAGGAGGUUUACGACUUCCUUUCUUCAUCUUGCGCCAAGUACAAUAUUGGCUUCUGGAGACCUGGGUCCGGCAUCAUUCACCAGAUCCUCCUGGAGAAUUAUGCUUUUCCUGGUGGCCUUCUCAUCGGUACCGAUUCACAUACACCUAAUGCUGGCGGUUUGGGAAUGUGCGCCAUCGGUGUUGGAGGUGCCGAUGCCGUCGAUGUUAUGGCCAACCUUCCUUGGGAGUUGAAGGCGCCUAAGAUAAUUGGCGUUAAACUCACUGGACAGCUUAGUGGAUGGACUGCUCCUAAAGAUAUUAUCUUGAAGGUUGCUGGUAUUCUCACCGUCAAGGGUGGUACCGGUGCCAUUGUUGAAUACCACGGCCCUGGCGUCGAUUCGCUGUCUUCAACUGGUAUGGGCACUAUUUGCAACAUGGGUGCCGAAAUUGGCGCCACUACCUCUGAGGACCAGGGCGCAGAGUAUGAUCAAUUGAUCGAGAUUAACUUGAGCGAGCUUGAACCCCACGUUAAUGGACCAUUUACACCUGACUUGGCCACCCCUAUUUCCAAGUUCAAGGUUGCCGUUGAGAAAAACGAAUGGCCCACUGAGUUGAAGGUUGGCUUGAUUGGGUCAUGCACCAAUUCUUCUUACGAGGACAUGUCUCGCUCGGCCUCAAUUGCUCGCGACGCUUUGGAUCAUGGUGUCAAGGCCAAAUCUCUGUUCACUGUUACCCCCGGCUCCGAGCAGAUUCGUGCUACUAUCGAGCGUGAUGGCCAGCUUCAGACUUUUGAGGAAUUUGGCGGUGUUGUUCUCGCCAAUGCCUGUGGACCUUGCAUCGGGCAGUGGGAUCGAAAGGACGUCAAGAAAGGAGAGGCUAAUUCUAUUAUCUCUUCCUAUAACCGUAACUUCACUGGAAGAAACGAUGCCAAUCCUGCUACCCACGCUUUUGUUACAUCGCCGGAUCUUGUUACAGCAUUCACAAUCGCUGGAGAUCUUCGCUUUAACCCCCUGACUGAUACCCUCAAGGACAAGGACGGAAAAGACUUUAGGCUUUCUCCACCAACUGGUGCUGGCCUCCCCGCGAAGGGUUACGACCCCGGUCGUGACACCUAUCAGGCUCCUCCGACUGACCGUAGUACUGUUGGUGUCAUGGUUUCCCCAAACUCCGACCGCCUCCAGAUCCUCAGCCCUUUCCAGCCAUGGGAUGGCAAGGACGCCAACGAUAUCCCUAUCUUGAUAAAGUGCAAGGGCAAGACCACCACUGACCACAUCUCGAUGGCUGGCCCGUGGCUGAAAUACCGUGGACAUCUUGACAACAUCUCUAACAACAUGUUGAUCGGUGCUGUCAAUGCCGAGAACAAUGAGGCUAAUAAGGGUAUCAAAUGGGUCGUUAUUGGUGAUUGGAACUACGGAGAGGGGUCUUCUCGUGAACAUGCUGCCUUGGAGCCUAGGCACUUGGGCGGCUUGGCCAUCAUCACCCGCUCCUUCGCCCGAAUCCACGAGACCAACCUUAAGAAACAGGGAAUGCUCCCAUUGACUUUUGAGAAUCCCGAGGAUUAUGACAAGAUCAACCCUGAUGACAAGGUUGACUUGCACGUCACCGACUUGGCUGUUGGCAAGCCAAUGAGAAUCAAGUUUGCUCCUAAGAAUGGCAAGCCAUGGGAGACGAACUUGCUCCAUACUUUCAAUGAGGGUCAAAUCGAAUGGUUUAAAGAUGGAUCUGCAUUGAAUAGCAUGGCUAAGAAGACAAAGGCAUAAGUAAUUUAUUUUUUGGUUUGUUCUUGUCCCUCUAAUUGAGAUGGCAUUUUAAAAAUGUACAGUAACCCCGCCAAAUUUUUGUUUCCUUUUUUCACACGCUCUUUCUCCCUACCCGUUAAAAUGACAUUCGAGACCCGCAAGAACGAGUCGGGUUCGGUUACCAGAAAUGGGCUAUGAAUGUCUACGGGAAGAUGGAGGCAUUAGAUUGCCUCGUAGCAUUACUGGCCGGCUCUAUUUUUCAUUUGUUUGUGGUUUCUGCGCAAUUCCCUCCCCUUUUCUCCCCCUCUCCAUCGCUGGUUGUUUGUAUUUGUGAAUGAACAUCUCCUUUUCUCUA